AUGAAGGAGGGGAGAGGGAGCUUCAACGUGGAGAGAGGACCGCGGAAGGAGAGAGAAGCCCAGAGUGGAAUGUGGAAGGGAAAUAGUCCAGCGGGGAGCCAGGGGGCAGCCAUGGAAGGGACAGGUGGGGAGCUGGGGGUACAGGGGAACUGGGGUCCGGAGGACGCCCCAGGCCUCUUGGCCAGGGCCUCCCUGACCAUGCUCCCGUGGCCACUACCCCUGGCCUCCUCGGCCCUCACCUUGCUCUUCGGGGCCCUCACUUCCCUGUUCCUCUGGUACUGCUACCGCCUGGGCUCCCAAGACAUGCAGGCCUUAGGGGCUGGGAGCCGGGCUAGGGGUGUUCGUGGUGGGCCUGUGGGAUGCUCGGAGGCCAGCGGGCCAAGCCCAAGGGGUCCUGGGGAUCCCGGGGAAGGACCUAGAACGGAAGGCCUAGUGAGCCGGCGGCUUCGGGCCUACGCAAGGCGCUACUCCUGGGCUGGGAUGGGUAGAGUGAGGCGGGCAGCUCAGGGUGGCCCAGGCCCUGGGAGAGGGCCAGGGGUCCUAGGUAUUCAGCGCCCAGACCUGCUUUUCCUACCAGACCUGCCUUCAGCCCCCUUUGUGCCGCGGGAUGCCCAGCGGCACGACGUGGAGCUCCUGGAGAGCAGCUUCCCUGCCAUUUUACGGGACUUCGGGGCUGUGAGCUGGGACUUCUCAGGGACUACCCCUCUGCCUCGGGGCUGGUCCCCACCUCUGGCCCCCGGGUGCUACCAGCUCCUGCUGUACCAAGCAGGCCGGUGCCAACCCACCAACUGCCGCCGGUGCCCGGGGGCCUAUCGGGCACUGAGGGGGCUUCGAAGCUUUAUGAGUGCCAACACCUUCGGCAAUGCCGGCUUUUCCGUUCUCCUGCCUGGGGCCCGGCUCGAGGGCCGCUGUGGGCCCACCAAUGCCCGGGUCAGAUGCCAUCUGGGCCUAAAGAUCCCUCCUGGCUGUGAGCUGGUGGUCGGCGGUGAGCCCCAGUGCUGGGCGGAGGGGCACUGUCUACUGGUGGACGACUCUUUUCUGCACACAGUGGCUCACAAUGGCUCCCCUGAAGAUGGGCCUCGAGUGGUCUUCAUCGUGGACCUCUGGCACCCCAACGUGGCAGGGGCUGAGCGUCAGGCCCUCGACUUUGUCUUCGCACCAGACCCCUGAAGGAAGGUGCUCCCUUCACACACCUGGGCUGGAGAGACACUGCGCUCAGGGACGGCUUGAUGGUAGC